AGACAAGCCCAUAGGACACGGCUCUUCCAAAGCUCGUGCCACGCGAUUGCCGAUUCCCCCGCUCCCCAACAAAAACCAUUUCUCCUCCUCCAUUAUAUAUCCGCCACUAACUCUCCUUCCUCGACGCCUCUUUGUUCCUUGAACCCCCUCUCAGAUUCACUCAUAAAUCAAGAUCCGCAGACACCCAUUUACCGGCGCCGGUAAAUUCCAUCUGGGUCCCAAGGAACAUGGCCACCGGAGCUGCAGCCGACGGACUUUUCCGGUGCAUCUACGAGGGGUGCAUCUCCGGCUGCGACUCCGCCGUCGAACGCCGGCCUUAUCAUCGGAACUGCAGCUGUGCGCUCCAUAAUAAAUCUCGUCCGGGGAAUUCCAACUGCCCUCAUUCCAGGUCCAAGACCAAGAACGUCUCGUACCCUGUGAGGAGGUCCUGGAGUGAAGGUUGCUUGGUGUUGGCCGCGGCCGCCGCUUGUAAUUCUAACAGCUCGUCGCCGUCUUGUUCUCCGGCGUUUGGAGCGGCAGCAGGGAGGACGACGACGACGACGUCGUCGUCUCAACUGGGGUGGGGUAGCGAGCUGGAGGAUGAUGAAGAUCAAUAUUAUAGUAAUCGUGUUUCUUUCAAGGUUUGAAUACAUAUAUAUAUAUAUAUGUGGGAUAUAUUUAUUCAUCUUGAAUAUAUAUUAACUUUGGGUUAAUUUCUUUUUUUUUUUUUUCUUUUGGUUGGGUUAGAUUUGAGUUUAUUUAUGUCAAAGACCAGUUGAGACUGGGAGGAUGAAAAAAUUUUGUACUGUUCCAAGUUUUCUUGAUUUGCCAAUUUGAUUUUUACAGGGCCAUUAAAACUCUCUCUCUCUCUCUCUCUAUAUAUAUAUAUAUAUAUAUAUAUAUAUAUAUCGUGAAAGGGAUAAAUGGCCUAAUAAGUAAUCAGAUCUGGCAUUUGUAUCUGGUAAUUUAUCAUGUUUAACCAUGUUAAUAAUAACAGUAACCUCUCUCAGUC